AUGGGGAAGGGAGGGCAAGAUUACGGGAAAAAGGAGAAUUUCGGUGAGAAGAGAGGGGGAUCCAGUGACGAAGGCUUUGCGCCUUGGUCCAAAGAUGUGAAGGAGUGCGAAGAGGAGUAUAAGGUGUCGCGGGAGUACGGUUUGUCUAGCGACGAGGUGGAAAAGAGGAGGCAGAUCUAUGGGUACAAUGAACUCGAGAAGCACGAGGGGCCUUCCAUUUUUAGGUUGAUUCUGGACCAGUUUAAUGAUACUCUAGUUAGAAUUUUGCUUGUGGCGGCUGUUGUUUCUUUUGUUUUGGCUUGGUAUGAUGGGGAUGAAGGUGGGGAGAUGGAGAUUACGGCCUUUGUCGAGCCGUUGGUGAUUUUCUUGAUAUUGAUUGUGAACGCAGUUGUGGGGGUGUGGCAGGAGAACAAUGCUGAGAAAGCAUUGGAGGCUUUGAAGGAGAUACAAUCUGAACAUGCUUCUGUGAUUCGUGAUGGUAAGAAGAUUCCGAGUUUGGUUGCAAAGGAGCUUGUUCCUGGGGAUAUCGUUGAGUUGAGAGUUGGGGAUAAAGUUCCAGCGGAUAUGAGGGUUUUGAGUUUGAUUAGUUCAACUCUUCGGGUUGAACAGGGAUCCCUGACUGGAGAAAGUGAGGCUGUUGGUAAAACUACCAAGCCUGUUACAGAAGAUGUUGACAUUCAGGGGAAAAAGUGCAUGGUGUUUGCUGGAACAACAGUGGUGAAUGGAAAUUGUAUUUGUUUGGUAACUCAUAUAGGAAUGAAUACUGAGAUAGGUAAGGUGCACUCACAGAUUCAGGAAGCUGCGGAGAGUGAGGAAGAUACUCCAUUGAAGAAGAAACUCAAUGAGUUCGGAGAGGCCUUGACUGCUAUUAUUGGUGUCAUCUGUGCCCUGGUUUGGUUGAUUAACUUGAAAUACUUCCUCACUUGGGAAUAUGUUGAUGGCUGGCCGAAGAACUUUAAAUUUUCAUUUGAAAAGUGCACUUACUAUUUUGAGAUUGCUGUAGCAUUGGCUGUUGCUGCCAUUCCUGAAGGACUCCCUGCUGUGAUCACCACUUGCUUGGCUCUUGGCACUCGGAAAAUGGCUGCUAAAAAUGCGCUUGUUCGCAAGCUUCCCAGUGUGGAAACUCUUGGUUGUACUACUGUGAUCUGCUCAGAUAAAACUGGCACAUUGACUACUAACCAGAUGGCAGUGUCAAAGUUAGUAGCUAUGGGUGCUAAGGGUGGGGCUCUUCGAGCUUUUGAUGUCGAAGGGACUUCUUAUGAUCCUUCUGAUGGGAAAAUUCAGAAUUGGCCAAAGGGCCAAAUAGACUCUAAUCUUCAAACUAUCGCUAAGAUCGCAGCUGUGUGCAAUGAUGCUGGAGUAGAACAAUCUGGCCAUCAUUUUAUAGCAAACGGCCUGCCCACUGAAGCCGCAUUGAAGGUUCUGGUUGAAAAAAUGGGUCUUCCUAGUGGAUUAGAUUCUGACUCAGCUUCCAGAAAUCAUGAUACUAAGUGCGAAAUUUACUCUACUUAUAUUUGGUGUGUAAUUUGGCAAGGUUGCUCGAACACAUGGAAUAACAUUGAGAAACGUAUAGCUACUCUUGAGUUUGAUCGUGAUAGGAAAUCCAUGGGGGUUAUAGUCCGUUCCAACUCUGGAAGGAAUUCAUUGCUGGUGAAGGGUGCGGUUGAAAAUCUGCUGGAGCGCAGCUCCUUUGUGCAACUAAAUGAUGGUUCUGUUGUUGAGCUGGAUCAAAACUUAAAAAGUCUUAUAUUGGAUAGCUUGCAAGAGAUGUCAUCGAAGGCAUUGCGUUGUCUAGGUUUUGCAUACAAGGAUGACCUUCCAGAGUUUGCAACGUAUACUGGUGACGAGGACCACCCUGCCCAUCAGCUUUUACUGAACCCUGCAAACUAUUCUUCGAUUGAGAAUAAGCUAGUUUUUGUUGGUUUGACUGGGAUUAGAGAUCCUCCUCGGAAAGAAGUCAGGCAAGCCAUUGAGGACUGCAGAGCAGCUGGCAUCAGAGUUAUGGUAAUUACUGGAGAUCACAAGAACACAGCAGAGGCUAUCUGUCGCGAAAUUGGUGUUUUUGGAUCGCAUGAGGAUAUCAGUUCCAGAAGCUUGACAGGAAGAGAGUUUGCAGAGCUCCGUAACCCAAAGUUGCAUUUAAGGCAAGAGGGGGGCCUUCUCUUCUCCAGGGCUGAACCCAGACAUAAGCAAGAUAUAGUGAGACUGCUCAAAGAAGACGGUGAAGUUGUUGCAAUGACUGGUGAUGGAGUCAAUGAUGCGCCUGCCUUGAAACUGGCUGAUAUUGGGAUUGCCAUGGGGAUUGCAGGAACUGAGGUUGCGAAAGAAGCUUCUGAUAUGGUUCUGGCUGAUGAUAAUUUCAGCACAAUUGUAAGUGCUGUUGGUGAAGGUCGAUCCAUUUACAACAACAUGAAAGCAUUCAUUAGGUACAUGAUAUCCUCAAACAUUGGUGAGGUUGCCUCCAUAUUUUUGACUGCAGCUUUGGGUAUUCCAGAGGGUCUUAUCCCCGUUCAGCUUCUGUGGGUCAACUUAGUUACUGAUGGGCCUCCAGCAACAGCAUUGGGAUUCAAUCCACCAGACAAAGAUGUGAUGAAGAAACCCCCAAGGAGAAGCGACGAUUCAUUGAUCAGUCCUUGGAUUUUGUUUCGUUAUUUGGUAAUUGGAGCCUAUGUUGGUCUUGCAACGGUUGGUAUCUUCAUUAUCUGGUACACGCACAGCUCUUUCUUCGGUAUUGAUUUAAGUGGAGAUGGCCACAGUCUUGUUACCUUUUCCCAGCUUAAGACCUGGGAUCAAUGCAACUCAUGGGCAAAUUUCACCGCAAGUCCUUUUACGGCUGGCAAUCAACAAUUUACCUUUGACUCAAACCCAUGUGACUAUUUCCAGACCGGUAAAAUCAAGGCAAUGACGCUCUCCCUGUCUGUGUUGGUUGCCAUUGAGAUGUUCAAUUCCCUUAAUGCUCUCUCAGAAGAUGGAAGCCUCCUUUCAAUGCCUCCAUGGGUGAACCCAUAUCUUCUUGUGGCCAUGUCAGUAUCAUUUGGCUUGCAUUUCUUGAUUCUUUAUGUACCAUUCCUAGCUCAAGUGUUCGGGAUUGUACCCCUGAGUUUGAACGAGUGGUUAUUGGUAUUGUUGGUUGCUCUUCCUGUCAUAUUGAUUGACGAAGUUCUAAAGCUUGUGGGUCGCUGUACAAGCGGGUUUCGAACGUCAAGAAGACAUGUCAAGGACAAGGCUGAAUGA